AUGACCGCUUCGCCUACCAAGCCCUUUGGCACCGACUCUGAUGUCCUCAAGACGGCUACCGCGCCGGAACUGAACGGCCACGACGAGAGCGGCAACCGUUCCGAGGUCACGACUCCCGAGGCUGCUGCCGACAAGCAGCGUCUUGAGCAGAAGCGCCUUCUCCGUGCCGAGCAGCGUGCAAAGCUUGAGGCUCAGAUGGCCCAGCUCGAGGCUGACCAGCGCGCCGACGACCUCCUCAACACGCACGCUGAGCCCGCUUCGGCCCCCACUUCGCCUCUCGGUGCUCGUCUCGCUCAGAGCGGUGCCGCUGACCGUGCUCCCGGUGCUGGUGCCCCCGCACCGAUCGGCCAGGGUCGCGAUGCCAAUGGCGCCAAGUCGAUGCCCGCCUCCAGGCGGACUAGCGGCUACGGCGGUGGCAGCUUUGGCAUGGAGAAGCUGAGCCUCAGCGUUCUUGACGGCAAGAAGGAGUGGACCGACGAGGACGAUGUUGCCGCCGACAACGCGCAGAAGUCCGUCUCGUACCUCGCGAUCAACGACGACGACUUCCCUGGCCCCGCAAAGGACAAGCACCUCUCGGCGGCUUCGGCGGCGCUCGACCUCGCCCCUCUUCCUCAGGCAGCGUCGCGCGCGUUUGGCUCGCGUCCGUUUGACACUGCCAUGAAGACUUCGGAGUGGACUCAGUACCCUUCGGCCCGUGGUGGUCUCACCUCGCCCUCGCCUGGUAUGGGCCUCAUGCCCUCGCCUGGUGACGAGGCCCCUCGUGACCCCAUGCUCAACAGCCGCAAGACUUCGCCUACCGGUCUCGCCGACAGCAUUGCCAGCCUGCCUGCCAUGCCGUCCAAGUCGGUGCCUGGCACUCCUUUCGGUCUUGGUCCUGCCACUGCCGGCAUCCCUCCCAAGCGUACUGGCACCAGCCCCGGCCUGAACGACGGCUUCACCCAGGCUCAGCGUGGUUUCUCCAACCCCGACCUCGCCCGUGCUUUCAGCUCCAAGGCUGGUGGCGCCGAGGGUGCCAACCCCGGCGGCCGUCAGGGUGGCCCCAACGGCAACGGCGGUGGCUUUGGCCUCAACGAUGCUCCCCGUCCUUACGGCGCCGACCCUCUGUACUCGAACAUGGGUCUCCAGGGUGGCAACGGUGGCCCCGGUGGUUCGCAGUUCAUGCCCCAGGGCGGCUACGACUCGUACGGCUUUGACGACGACAGCUUUGGCUCGGGCUCCCUUUACCCUGCUGGUAUGAUGGGCCUCAAGAACAAGCGUGCCGAGGCCGACCGCGAGUUCAACCGCUUCUCAGGCAUGCGCCUCGAGGACCUUCAGGGCGAGAUUCUCAGCCUCUGCAAGGACCAGCACGGCUGCCGCUACCUGCAGAAGAAGCUCGAGGAGGGUGACCCUUCGCACCGCGACAUGAUCUUCCGCGAGACCUACGGCCACUUCCCCGAGCUCAUGAUCGACCCCUUCGGCAACUACCUCUGCCAGAAGCUGCUCGAGCAUGCUACUGAGGAGCAGCGCUCUGCCAUCAUCGACUCGGUCUCGAACGACCUUGUCGGCAUCUCGCUCAACAUGCACGGUACCCGUGCUGUUCAGAAGAUGGUCGACUUCCUCGCUCAGCCUCGUCAGCCCAAGCAGAUCCGCACUCUCAUCUAUGCGCUGUCGGUCAACGUUGUCGCCCUCAUCAAGGACCUCAAUGGGAACCACGUCAUCCAGAAGUGCUUGAACAAGCUCAUUCCCGAGGACAACCAGUUCAUUUACAACGCCAUUGCUACCAACCUGAUCGAGGUCGCUACCCACCGCCACGGGUGCUGCGUCCUGCAGCGCUCGAUCGACCACGCGUCGCCCGCGCAGCGCCUCCAGCUCGUGACCGAGAUCAUCUUCAACUCGCUGUACCUCGUUCAGGAUCCGUUUGGCAACUACGUUAUUCAGUACAUACUCGACCUCAACGACGCUCGCUUCUCCGAGCCCCUCAUCCGCACCUUUGUUGGCAACGUCUGCAGCUUGUCUGUGCAAAAGUUCUCUUCCAAUGUUGUAGAAAAGUGUAUCCGCGUCGCCGACCCCGAGAUCCGCAAGGUCCUCGUCGGCGAGGUGCUCAACCGCUCGCGCCUCGAGAAGCUGCUCCGUGACAGCUACGGCAACUAUGUCAUUCAGACGAUACUCGACUACUGCGAGAUCAACCAGCGCAUGAUCCUCGUCGAGUGCAUCCGCCCCAUCCUCCCGUCGAUACGUAACACGCCUUACGGCAAGCGUAUCCAGUCCAAGCUCCAGCGUGAGGACGCCUCGAUCGGCUACGGCGGCGGUGGCGGCAGCGGUGGCGGUUACCCUCGUGGAGGUGGUGGUGGCGGCUACAACCGCUCGGCAGGUGGCUACCACCCCCGCCACCUUGGUCGCCCCCAGCUCCAGCACAUCAACGCCCUCACCGACGUCUACAGUGCUGCUGGCGCGCCCUUCAUGGGUCCUGGCGGCUACAGCCGCGGCGGUGGCCAGGGCGGUCACGCCCACCACGGCUCGACUGGCGGUGGUGGCGGCGGCUUCCACGGUCGUGAGAUCCACAACCACGGCGGCAUGAGCUACCACGCUCCCGGUCCCGACGGCCAGCCCUGGCUCCACCUCCGUGGCCCUGCCGGCCAGCCUGCUCCCAACUGGAACUCUGGUGCCGGUGCCGGCGGCCUCGACGCCCUGCCCGCCACUGCGCCUACCGAUGCCGACUCUGGCCUGAGCGAGCGCAACGGCGGCCAGGCGGCUCUCCCUCUGUGGCAGGACCCCUCGGCUGCGUUCAUGUACCCCAACGGCGGCCACCUGCCGCUGAUGUAA